AAACAAUCAUGGCUGUUUAUCGUUCAUCAAGUUUACAUUCAUAUCUACUUAAAAGUAAUGUACUGUUUCACAAUUUUUGAACUGAAUUUUUAGGACAAGAUGUUUCCUAGAAAGAGAAAGAAGGUUGAGGCUACCAGGUCACUGAGUGAAAAGCAGGGCACAACGAGUCCAUUCAAUAGGCAAAAGAAAGAAAACAUACACGAAACAAACAGGGAUAAAGAAAACUUGCAAAGAAUAUGCGUCAUUCGUACAUACAUAGUAGGAAUACAACACUACAAAGGAAAGAACUCUGUUUCAACUGGAAGCAAGAUAUGUCUGCGAAGAAAUCCAGAUAAUUCUGAAGAUUCUAACGCCAUAGAAUGUUGUCCACGACCCUCAUGUCCAGAAUGGGACAUUGUAGGACACAUUUGCAAAGAACUUGCUGUUCCAUUAGCAGGGCUUAUGGAUGAUGACUUAGUAAAUGUUGAAGGAGAAAUUAUUUUCGACGCUGAGGCUUCUACAGAUUAUCUUUAUGUAAAACCUGUACGAAUAAAUCUAAGUGGAAACUACACAAAAAAAGAAGAAAUCAUCAGAAAAUUAAAACGAUAUCAAUAUUAUGAUGUCAAAUCACACUACAAAACCGCUCCCAUGAAAACCAGAGAUGUGGAUGGUCAGAAAAAGUUUAUGGCAUAUGAUAUUGAGGAAGUUACUAGCGUAGAAAGCAAAGAACUUGGUAAAAACUGUUUACAAGACAUGGAAUUGAAACAUCUUUUAGUAUUGUUUGCUCUAUUAAUGGAGGAAAACAACCAGUUUAGCCUUGAAAGCGACGAUUGGGUGAAAACAUUGAACCGCGUUAAUGUUGAUUUUCAACAACCGGAAAAGCCAGAUUAUAUUCUUCGUAAAACACUUGAGAGUGAUAAAUUGGAAAAUUAUAUCUUUUUCAAAAAUCAGAAUUUAGCUUUUAAGUCUAAACAAAUUCCAGGCAAAGUUAUACAGUUUAUAUCAACAAAGGAAAAUUAUGUUGAAUAUUUUGUUCAGCAUGCCAGUAAUAAGGGAUUGCGUGAAUACUGUGUAACCUCUUCUCAAAGUACCUCAAAACCUGCAUUUGCACUCAGUAAUGAUCAACUAAGAAAACUUGCAGAAAGAAUGAAAUACGACAUCCUCUCACACCCGGUGAUCAAGGAUAAAUCAAUCCACAAAACUGUUUCUGAAACUCUCAAAAUACCUGAAGUGAUCUUGAGUUGGAAUGAAGAUGGAAAAAAAGUCCUUUUUACAAAGCAUACAGGAAGGUACGGAGGAUAUCUUCCACGCUAGAUGGAUGAUUUUAGGAUGCGCUGGGGUCGGAAAAACCACACUGCUGAAGAAAAUUCGUGGUUUAAGCAUGGAUGAAGUAUUACACACAGUCCCAACAGAAGGGGUAGAAAUGCAUAAUCGAAUUUUCGAGGUUACUGGAAACAGUCUUCAGGAUGUGACAGAUGAGAACAUUUCUCCCGUUGGGAUAACGUUAGGGCAAUCGACUGGGAAUGCCAUAAACAAACAUGUAAUGCAUCAGAUUACACCAUCAUCAAAAGCUACACCCAAAGCAAAUAAUGUAGUCAUGAAUUCAAGAACCGAAAGGCAAAGAAUCAUACAUACGACUUCAGAUGUAGAGAAUAGCAGAAUGAAACCAGUUUUAUCUGAAGCACAGGCAGCAGCAGAGCCAAAUUCUUUUCAAGAAAAGGAGAUUCCUACCACUGUAACCAGCUACUCAGAGGUUGAUAGUGAUCCUCUUCAUAAGCUUCUUCCAUUUUUAUCUAAUAAGAUAAAGCAUGCAUUCAAACAGAAAAACUCUC